AUGGCUAUCGUAAAGUAUCACGACCUCACAGGAGAUGUGGCCAUCAUACGAUGUCCAUUCGAAGGGUGCAAUGCCCGCAUUAUUAAGCUUCUGCCUUCACUCGCAGCAACGAAGCUUCAAAUUGGUAAUGCUCCAGAAAUGGCUAGCAAAUCGACCUACUAUCUCCAAGUUCAAGACGUAUGGGAUUUCGACAAUAUUGGAGUGUCGAGGGCAGUUCCAGAACUCUUAAAAGAAGAAGACGUUGGCAAUCUAGCGAAGGUAGAGAGGCUCCUCAUCUGUAGUGAGUGUGACAAGGGCCCUAUUGGUUUUGCUGGCUACAUAGAGGGAAAUGAGACUGACCACAAGAAACUCCAGUACUACUUAUCUUGUGAAAGUGUGGUUUACGACACGCAAGACAUGUAA